UAAGACAAAAACACCUCGAUUCGACCCAGACAGCAGCGCGGCCAUGGCAGCCCGGACGCUCGCGCCGCUCGCACUCGCGCUGCUCGCCCUCGCGCUGCACGGCUGCGGGAAAGACGAGGUUCGCGGCGACGCUGAGGGCCAGUGCGGGGCGGAGUCGUGCUCGGCACCAGGAGCUGGUCAGAAGGUCAACUAUGGCUGGCUAACAAGAUCCAGCUGUCCAUCGAUCAAGGGGAAGUUCUCCUCGGUGCCCUUAGACGCCUGCCAUUGCAUCCCCAAAUGCCAAAUCAUCUCCAAAACGGAUAACAUCCUCACCAUCAAGACCUACGGCAGCUCUGACUCCUCAAGCUCGUCGAAAGCUUCUGGCUGCACGGGGAGUUACACGCAGGAGACGGUCGACAUCACCGCGACAUGUCCCUUUAACAUCAGCGAGCCCAUUGGCAAGGGUCCCGUGCGGUACGUCUACAAUCAGACGGAUGAUGGUCCAGGCGUGGUCUUCGAACUCUUUUCUAGCCCAGCUUGCGAAGACUGGACCAGCUUGAACAUGGUGGCCGUCACGCCACUGGACGUCUGCACGAAUGGCCUGCAGAAAUGGGUUUGCAUCGAUGGGAAGGUGACGGCCUACCGCUUUGCCGCCACCGAAGCGCCCUGCUCGGGCAACACCACCAUCUUCGCCGGCCCCGGCCGCGUGGGUGACUGCAUCGCCGCCGGGGCGCAAGGUGCCCUGCUGAAGAGCGGAUGCUGAGUCCUGACGGCGGCGGUUUGUGACGCCCAGAGUCCGGAGCCGGGACCGGGGAGGCGGCAGGAGACCAGGUUUUCCCUAUAGAGGUCAAUGACCUCAUUUGACCGG